AUGUCUGCCGAAGCUGCGCUGUUUUAUGCGGUUACUCCCGGUCCGGGAGAAACCCAAGAGCAAGCCGAAAUCCGAGCACACACCCCGGCUUGCUCAAGAUCAAAACCGACAAUUAUCGAGGAAGGCGAACACAAAGACGGAAAGAACAUUGAGGUAGCGUACAUGGAAGUGCGGGUCGUAAACUACACAGACUGCUCGGACAUGAACAUAUUUGCCAAACAUAUAUCGUACUCAGACUCUUGCAUUGAGGAUGUUGUGAUUGCCAUUGGAAGGCGAUGUGUGGUAUUUGCUCGACUUCCUUGCAAUGAAUGUCCCUUUUGCCUUGAGGCAAGCAGCAAGUUGGUGCGAUACGUCGCGGCUUCAUACUUAAUGGAGGACACGGGAGUUGAGCUAUAUCUCCUUAUACCAGUGAUAAAGUACCUUGGGGGUUUACGCCCAGCCUAUAUCUCUGAAGAACAUAAACAGGCUCACAUUGACACUCUCAAAGACGUCUUCUUCGGGGAACUGCGGAAGACGUAUCGAUGCCAGCUUCACCCUUUUGUUCCUCACGAUCUUAGCAAGGGUCCACAACCUACCAAACCUAUCAUUCAGGUUGGCAAUUGGAACAAAAAUGGCUUUCCGGCUGUCCGCAUAAAUGACGAUUUCGGGGGGCAAAGUGCACGAAUCGUGAAGAACCGUGGGCAAGUCAAUAUGGAUAGUCUGACAAUUGUCGCAGUUGAGUGA